AUGCGAGUCUCGAGCUACUACCCCCUCAAGGCCUUCCCGCACCGCUAUGCUCAGAUGCUCGACUGCUAUCUCCAUGGCAUGCCGAUCUGCCAGUGUCCGACGGAAUGUGAUGGAUGUCAGCGCGAGCUCGACCCCUCCGUUGCUGCGCAUCAUCUCCAGACCUGCAAACGCCGAUCCUCCAAGCUUCCCACGGCGCAUGACAACCUUACUCUCGGGGAUCCUCGGUCUCGACGAAAGGUAUCCUCCCAUCCUCAUGGCCGCAAGAUGAAGGGCGAUAUCCACAUCCCUGGAAUCCGCGAUCGAGGGUCCGAGCAGUACGAGGGCUUGAUGGCGGACGUGACGUUGGCACACAGCGCACAGCGAGAAGCUGCACAAUCACACACAAAACACAAGCCCGAAACGAACAGCACUGCUGGCACCCAGACGCGGCAUCGCCAGCCCAAGCGCGAAGCCGCGCAGACAAGCAGCCUAAGGGUCAAGCAAUCAAGCAACAAGCAGGAGCAUGCAGGAGGAAUAAAAUCCCUUAGACGCGAUACCCGGAGGCAGCCGACUGACCACUGUCUGGUAGCUUAUCAGCGCCUCACCAUGCAGCUGACGCUGGAGGCGCUCUUGUCUGGUGCGAGGCGCAUGACGCCCUUGCCCGCGGCGGGCGCAAGCACUUCUCGAGCCAGAGGGAGCUCCUCCUCGGACUUUGUCGAGUCGCCCGAGGAGGAGUCUUCGCCGGAGGUCUCCGACUCCGAUGGGGGAAACACGUCGAGUGGCGCCGACGACCGGCGCGGAGCUGGCGAGGCGUCUCCGUCCCUCACUGUGACGUCGGGUGCCUCCGGAGAGCUCGACACCACUUUUUUUUUUUUUUUGCCGUGA